GCUCGUCUCUCUGUCUUCUCUCUCUGUUAGUGUGUGUGUGUGUAUGUUUGUGUGUGUAUGUGUGUGUGUGUGUGGGUUCAUGUGUAAGUGUGUGCCGCUGUGAAAUCAAGACUUAAAAAAGAUGAGGAUUUUAGUUUUACUGCCGGAUCAUGAGAAGAAGAGGAUUAAAUCGGAGCUGCCGGGGAACAUGCUGGACGUGUACGGCAGCGUUGGCAGCAGAGGGUUGGCCAUGCCUACCAUCACCGUUAGCAACAGUUGCCCGGCCGACCUGCACGUCGUCAAGACAGAGCUGAACAAUGUGGACUCCAAAACUCUGAUCAAAGAGAGACAGAAGAAGGAUAAUCACAACCUCAUCGAGAGGAGGAGGAGGUUCAACAUCAACGACCGGAUCAAAGAGCUCGGAGCGCUCAUCCCUAAAGACAGCGACCCGGAGACGAGGUGGAACAAAGGAACCAUCCUGAAGGCGUCGGUGGAUUACAUCCGCAAACUGCAGAAAGACCAACAGAGAUCUCGAGAGAUGGAGGAGAGACAGAGGAGGCUCGAGAGCACCAACCGCUCUCUGAUGCUCAAGAUACAGGAGUUGGAGCGUCAGGCUCACCACCACGGCCUCUCCUCUUCCUCCUCCUCUUCCUCUCUUGACAUCAACGCGGCCGACCACCAGGCACUCCUGUCCCCAUCGAUGCAUCACCACCCCUCCUCUGUCGUCAUGACGACCCUGGCGACCCCGCCUCUGGGUUUAGAUGCCCUGAGCUUCGCGGAGCUGGACGACCCUCAAGGGGCGUCGGGCAUCUUCUCCCCCGACCUGAUGUGUGACGUCGGGCUGACGGCGCUGGACAGCCUCGGAGACAUCCUGAUGGAGGAGGGAGGAAGAGGAGGCGUGAUGUCACCUGUGGGAGGCGCCGACCCGCUGCUGUCCUGCAGCGCCUCAAAGAGCAGCAGCAGGAGGAGCAGCUUCAGCAUGGACGACGACCUCUGAUGACAUCAGCACUUUGAAGGAUUUGAUUGGUCCGUGCUGGAGGCAGGAGGCGGGCCUGCUGGGAGCAUUUUUUUUGUUUUGUUUUUUUUGUUAAACAGAACUAUUUUUAAUCGAUGACAUCACAAACUAAAAAAAAAAUGCACAAAGCCGAUGUCGCAGGGAAUCAUUGUCCUACAGUGUAACCAUGGCAACCACUGUCCCUCCACAGGAUCCUCCUUUGUAACCAUAGUAAGCACUGUGUCCUCAGUGUAGCCAUGGUAACUACUGCGUCCUCCUCCGUACCCAUGGUAACCACUGUAUCCUUCCACUGUAACCUUGGCGAUCACUGUGUCCCGCAGCGUGAGUUCAGCCCAGAGACAACUGCGAGCUGAUUGGUUGUCACUGAACAAACCCCCCACAGCUGAUUGGUUAGUAGAGGUGCGGCUGGUCGGCGCUUCAGGAAAGUCUUGAAUUUGUUGGUUUUAGUUUAGAAGAAGUUUCUCGUUCUCAGGAAAAAUGAAAACAUCAUCAAUGAAGAAUUUAAGACUCCAAAAUGACCAAAAUUUGGCUUAAAGUUCUUCAUUCUGCAUCACGAGGAACCUAAAACGUUCUUUAAUGCAGCGAAAGCAGUCGUUUUAUAAAUCUGCUCUAAAUCAGUUUUAUCUUCCUGCAGAAUCAUAAACUCUUAAAAACCAUCCUGACGAACUGCUUCCAAUCAGCUGUUAAUGGUUUGACCAAUCAGUGACCUGCAACACUGUAAAGCUGCAUCCUGAUUGGUCCUGCUCCGUCACAUGAUCAGGAUCAGGCACGCUCUGAAGAGAACUCAUAUACAUAUAUAUACUCAUGCAAAGUCAAAAUUCUGACUUAAUUGAAAUUAUGAGAUACUAAUUUAAGUGACGUCAUGGC